AUGAAGAACGCCAGUGUGUUCCUUCUAUUUGUUAUAGGAAGUGCUGUGUCUGCAGUUGCACAGGUACAGGACAGUACCCCUGAUUCCACAACAGUAGCAGGAACCUCAACCGUAGCUGAAACCUCAACCGUUGAGGUUACUUCAAUGAAUCCAACGACAACGAGUGCAGAGCAGGGCCGAAGUGAUGAUAGCACUACUGUCGAAGUCAGUGUAUCGCCUCCCAGUGAUCCAACCACCACUGCCAGGAUGUCCACUAUUGCACCUGCUUUUGUGAUCCCUAUCCUUGGCGCCCUUCUUCUUCUCACAUAUUUCAUUGACACGCCUUCCAUCAGAGGGUCAAAUUUGAGUUGUGAGUCAAUUAUCACACUUGCGAUGGGCUCGAGCGUAUGUAAGGGAGUGCAUAGCGAAGUAAUUCGCCAAGAAUGGGGAACCGAUUCCUUCAAGAUGAUGAGCAGGAAAUCACCGCCAGAUGGCGGCGUGAUUAACAUGGAAUACAAAGUAGAAGAUGCAGAGGUUAGUGUUGUUAUGAGGUUCUCUAGAGUGUUUCUUGCGGUAAUAUUCACCAUUGCCGGCAUUCCGCAGGAAGAUGCUCUUAAAUCAUCAACCACUGCUAGACAAUGA